AAGAAGGCCAAGAAGAAGUGGUCUGCCAAGAAGGUCAAGGACAAGUCCAACAACAUGGUUGUCCUCGACAAGCCUACCUAUGAACGUCUCUUCAAGGAGGUCCCCACCUACAAGCUCAUCUCGCAGUCUGUGUUGGUUGAUCGUCUUCGUUUGAACGGUUCUCUUGCCCGUAUCGCUAUCCGCGAACUCGAGGCUCAGGGUCUUAUCAAGCCCAUCUCCCGCCACCACGCUCAAAUCAUCUACACCCGUGCUACUGGUGAUGAGAAG